AUGUCAAGGCAAUCGAGUAAGCGUGUGAGUUUUAGUCCCGAUGUGUAUGAUAAUAAGCCAAUCAUGUACCUGAAACAGAGUGGUGGCACCAGAGUUGGUGGAAACAGAAACAUGGCCAGUGGAAUUUGGGCUUUCAGGCAGCUCAAUGAUACAAAUUCACUCUCUGCACCGGUCAGAUUUCUACGCGGACUCAGGGCUAAGGUGGCAAGAGUUAUCUCAGCAAGGAAGAGGAGUUCACGUAAGGUGUCUUCAUCUAACCUUACAAGGUCAAGGUCUGUAUCAGAUCCCAUCGAGUCUCAUCGAGCCGAAGCGCUAGAGGACUGCAUCGAGUUCUUGAAUUCUGCUUCGUCUCUGCAGAGGACUAGUUCAGUUACUUCAAAUUGUUGA